AUGCGUUGUUGGAUCUGGUGGGCCACGCUGGUGUGGCUUUUCCUGAGGAGUACGCGGGGUGACGUCAUCGUCGACGUCACCAAUUCGACGUCUUCUGAAUCGGAUCCGAGUCCUGACGUCGACAAGCCGAAGAACGCCGUCGAACUUGGUGGGGUGUCUGGAAAAUCGCUUAAGGGACAACUUGGGAGGCUUUUUGAUUGCCGUAGAGAUGAGAAAGUUUGAGUUUGAAAUGAGCAUUAUAGGGACCACUUGAAAAUCCCUUGAAGGAUCACUUGGGAGGCUUUUUGAUCAUUGUAGAGAUGAGAAAGUUAGAAUUGAAAGCUGAGCACUUUAGGGGUCACUUGAAGGUUUUAAGGAAGAUUUGUAAGCGAUUUUUGAGCAGAGAAUGAAGCAAUUUUUGUUUUUUUUUUUUUUGAAAUAGUGGAAAAUCCUUUAAGAGACCACUUAAGCAGAAGAAAACAAAGGUUUCUUCUUCUGGGACUUUUAAAAAUCCCUUAAGGGGCCGCUUGAGCAGCUUUUUGAUCCCUGUAGUAAAAGAAAGAUAAAAGGUCAGAGUUCAGAGCUGAGCACUGUAGGGACUACUUAAAGGUUCUAAAGUUGAUUUGUAAGAGGUUUGACCACUUUGAGCGGUGAAGGAAGGUUGUUUAGGUUUUUUUUUGGGCUCUCUGAAAUUCCCUCAAGGGGCUUCUUAAGCUCCUUUUCAUGACUGAAAAGAUGAGAAAGUUAAAGUUCAGAGCUGAGCUCUCUAGGGGCCACUUUGAAGGUGCGAAGUUAAAUUAUGAGCAUUCCAGCCAAUUUUAAGCGAAAGUUGGUAACUUAAGGGGUCACUUGGAGGUUCCAAAGUUGAUUUUUCAAAACUUUUACCUCCACUGAGCAGAAAAUGAAGGAUUUCUAGUUUUUUUUUAUGAUUGUUCUUCGAAACACCCUUAAGGGGCCCCUUUAGAGGUUUUUUAAUCACUGGGGAACAUGAAAGAUGUCUACGUUAGAGUAGGAAGCUGAGCGCUUUAACGGGUUCUUGGAGGUUGGAUUUUUGAACAGUUUGACCACUUUUGAGCACGCUUGGAAAAGAAAAUUUUGUUGGAAAUGAAGAUGGGAGAUGAAGGAGAUCACUGCAGGGACCACUUAGAAGUUCCAAUGUUGUUUUUUGAGCAGUUCGAUUCCUAUUGAGCGGAAAAGGAAGGAAAUUUCGUUUUGGUCAAUUUUUUGAAGUGGACCGCUUGAGGGGUCACUUAGAGAAGUUCCGAAGUUGAUUUAUGGGCUCUUCGACCAUUUUUUAGCAGAAAGAGAUGGGAGUUCCCUUCCAAAACAAGUUUUAAAAAGGGAUCACUUUAGGGGCCACGGAAAAGUAUAUAUUUAGUUUCUUUAUAUUCAUAAAAUAUUGUCUUGAGCUGGAGGAAAUUGCUUAAUUUUGAAAAUAUGAAACAGUUUUCAUAGGAAAAACGGAUUCCAGGUGUUCCCAGCUGCAAAACGAACUACGACUGCGUGAAUAACGGGAUUUGUCGGAUCGGAACUGACGGCCACGGAGUUUGUCUUUGUCCCAGGGCCUGUCCUGCCAGUCAGUUUUCAUUUUUUGAUUUUUUUGAAACUUUAUGAUCUGAAUUUUCAAUUUUUGUGACUUUUUUUCAUUUGAUACUUCUCAAGUUCAAUUCCUUUCAAAAAAAUGUUUCUUUUAUGACUUUCUUUGAUUCUCUGAUUUUUCGGAUUUCAACUCAUUGUCGCAAUCAAAAGUGGCUUUAUUCAAUUUUUUAAAAAAAGUCGAAAAUUCAUUUAUUUUUUUGUGAAUUAUUUUUCAGUUCUAAUCAUGAAUUUUUUUAAUUGAUUUUUUUCUUCAAAUUAGUUUUUUUCUUGUUUUUUUGCCUGAAUUUUUCAAUGUUUCCAAAGAGUUUGUGCACUGUAAAAGCUUAAAAUUACGAUUUCUCUCUUUUUUUCUUGGUUUUUUUAGCUUUGAAUGUUGAGAAUUUUUGACAGUUUCUUCAAAUUAUUCGUUUUUACCCGAAUUUUUUUCACAGAAAUUUAUUGAGAUUUUUUUAAAAAAAUCGAUUUUUUUCGUCAUUUUUUUAUUGAGAAAUGGAUGUUCUUGGUGAUUUCAGAAUGGAAAAAUUUUUUUCAAUUUUUUUCAUUUUUUUACGACUAAACAAAAAUCAAUGAAUUUCGACAGUUUUUUUCAAUCGUUCAAUGACAUUUUUUUCUUUUGAAACUAAUUUUUUUGGACGGAAAUGUAUGGAAUUUUUGAUCAUUUUUUUCCUCUUGAAACGUCCAAUUUUUGAUAAAAAAAGAUGAAUUUGGUGAUUUCUGAAUGGAAAAUUUUUCCUUUUUCUUGAAAUGGAAAAAAAUCAAUAAAAUCGAUAUUUUCAGACAUUCCGGAUCGAUGUCUGUCUAGACGUUCUUCUUGUAUCAUUAUGGACCAGGAUUAUCGUUCCCGCUUCGAUUUGUAUGCACCUUCUUGCAAUGGGGUUCGUUUUUUUUUAAAUUUUUUUUCUGAACGUAUUUUUUCAAUUAUUCUGCAGUUUCUGAGAGCGAAAUUUCCUAAAAAAACUGUGCUUUUAAAAAAAGAAAUGGUAGAGAUUUAAUACUUAAGAAUCCAUUUUUUUGAAUCUUUCAUAUCCAUUUUUUUCUGUUUUUCAGUUUUUUUACUUUUUUUCAAGAUUUUUCCCUGUUUUUGGGAUAGAAAUCCUUUGAAAAGUGUGCAUAAUAUAAACAAUUGGUUGGAUUUUUCAAAACCUUAGUUUUAAUUUUUCUGAACUUCACUUUCCCGCUUUUUUUGAAUUUUUCAAAUCGGUAUUUUUCCAAAAUUUUUAAAAACAUUUUCAAUUUUUUUCAUUGCUGAGUGACAUUUUAUUAUUAGAAUUUUUAAGGUACUUAAAGACUUUGAAAUACUUUCGAAACAGUAGUUUCAUUUUGAAAAGAGAGAAUUUUUGAAAAAAAGAACUAAUGGUUUUUUUGAUAAACGCCCCGCCCCCCGCGAAAUUUUUUAAUUUGAUUCAUUUUUAAUUUUUAAAAAAAUUUUUUUAUGUCUUUUUGAUACCGUUUUCUGGCUCAUUUUUUUAAAGGAGCAUGCUAGGAAGUACUAUGAAGGUAUCGAAACGAAGAGCCGUUUUCAGUGUUAUUUUUGGCGAUAAAUGACUUUACCGCUUAGAAAAAUAGUCAUAAAGGCUAAAUCUUGAAAUUUUCAUUGUAUGGAGUAUUUGCGUUUCAACAAAAAGUUGUUAUAAAACUGGAUGCUCUCCUGUUUUCCAACACUAUUUCGGGAUUCGUUUCAAGACCUUUCCUUGAAAAUAACGACGUGGAAAACUGUAGGAUUUUUUUCAGAAAUGGGGUUCAAAAAGGAAAUAUUAAAAAAACAUAUAUAUAAUAUUGUAAACAUAUAUAUAAUAUUGUAUUUUUUUCCUACUAUUAUUACGGCCUUUUUUUCGUGUCAGGACCUUUUUUUGAAAAAAAAAUUUUUUUGAGCCUGUAUUUCGGUUAAAUUUUUGAAAUGCAUCUUUAGAUUACAACUUUGGGCCUUUUUUAAAUUUUCAUUGACUCUCCCCCUAUUUUUUUCAUACUAUCAUUACGGCCUUUUUCGUGUCAGAACCUUUUUUUCGAAAAAAAAAUUUUUUUGAGCCUUUAGGUCAAGUUAUUGUAAUUAAUCUUUAAAUUAGAAAUUUAGGCCUUUUUAAUUUUUAUUCCCCCCAAUGUUACUCUCUCAUUUUUACACACUAUUUCGUCUCGAUCAGAUCUUGAAAAUCAAUCAAAUUUGGAACAAACUAUAGGAUUUUUUCUGAAUUAUUUCCAUUUCUAAAAAGAUAACCUUGUCUUUUUCCCCACUUCCGCUUUUUUAUCUUUCUCCCCUGCAACCAAAAAAAAAAAGAAGUCAAAAGAGCGAUAUUGGCCGCUGCAGCGUAGUGCAAAAUGUUUGUGAGAAAUUGAUGGAACAGCUUUCGGAAAGGGAGGAAUUACCGUAAAACGUGUCGUGGGGUUAUCAGUGGGUUAUCAGCCGCACAAGAGAAGAAGAAGAUUGGAAGGAACGAUAUUUUGGCGCUCGCGUUUCCGGUCUCGUCAAAUUUUUCCCUUCUCCAAUCAAGGAACAACAACGUGAUUCCGUUGCGUAAUUGGGGUCUGUUUUGGGAUUAGAUAUGAGGUUGGGAAUCGCGAGGAGGCUAGGAAUGGGUUGACGGCGAUUUUUGGAGGGAUAUUGACGCUCUACGGAUAAAAAGUUAAACUUUUUUGUUUAGUUAAGUUUUUUUUGGAUAAAGUAUGAGAUUGGGAAUCGCCAGGAGGCAAGGAAUGGGUUAAGAGCGAUUUUUGGAGGGAUAUUGGCGCUCUACGGAUAAAAUGUUUAAUUUUUUGUAGAGUUGAGGUGGAGAAUCGUUAGAUUCGAUGCGAGAGUCUAGGAAUGAGUCUUGGGCGAUUUUCGGUGGGAUUUUGCGCUCUAUAGAUAAUGAUGAUCAAAACUUUCUUUUUUGUUCGGUUUCUAAUUUCUGGAUAGGAUAUGAGGUUGGGAAUCGCGAGGAGGCUAGGAAUGGGUUAAGGGCGAUUUUUGGAGGGAUAUUGGCGCUCUAUGGAUAAAAAGACCACUUUUUUGUAGGAUUGAGGUGGAGGAUCGUUAGAUUUCAUUCGAGAGUCUAGGAAUGAAAUUUGGGCCAUUUUUGGUGGGAUUUUGCGCUCUAUAGAUAAUGAUAAUCAAAACUUUCUUUUUUGUUCGGUUUCUAAUUUCUGGAUAGGAUAUGAGGUUGGGAAUUGCGAGGAGGCUAGGAAUGGGUUGGCGGCGAUUUCCGGUAGUAUUUUGCGCUCUACGGAUAACGAUGAUAAAGAUUCAUGUAUCGUGUUGAAAGUGUUUUUCUAGGAAUAUUUUGUAGCUUCAAACUGUUGAAUCGCGAAUUUUAAAAGCUCACGAAUGGUUUGGGCGAUUUUCGGUGGAACUUUGACGCUCUACGGAUAAGGAGCGAUUUUUGGUGGGAUUCUUCGCUCUGUUGAUAAAAGUCUAUUUUCUUUCAUUGUGUUCCGUAUUUUUGGAUUGGAUAUGAGGUUGGGAAUCGCGAGGAGGCUAGGAAUGGGUUGUGGGCGUUUUUUGGUGGGGCUUGGGUGCUCUACGGAUAAAAUGAGUGAUUUUUUGAUUUGGAUCAAAUUGAAGGGUUUUUUUCUUGAAAUUUCAUAGAUAAGUUUAAAUGUUAACUAUUCAAUAACGAGAUUCGAGACUCUAGAAAGGAGACCUUUAGGCGAUUUUUGGUGAGAUUUUGGCGCUCUACGGAUAAAAUGUAGGGUAUUUUUGAUCUAGCUCGAGUUGAAGCGUUCUGGUAAUUUUUUUUUUUUGAAAUUUUAUGGGUAGACUAUAACUUUAACUCAGACUGGAAUAGUAAUCUUUAAUGUUGUGGGAGCUAAUUGGUUUUGAAAAUUCGAAUUCUGUGGAUGCGAGCGGUUCUAAAGGCGUUCUAGUGAUAUGAUUAUAAUUUGGGCCAAAGUUUUUGAGUUCCAGUGUGUUUAAGACUUUCUGAGAUCUUCGCUAACUUUAGGGAGGGGUGAGGCAUUUUUUUUUUAGGGUUAUAGGGUCCCUUUAUCCCUUUAGGGAUCUAAUAGUAAGGAUAGAAAGGUUAAUUUUGAAAGUUCAAAGGGUCUAGACUUUUUAAACAUCACUUUGCUGUGAGAAUCGACAAGGCAGUUCUUUGUCCUCGGCCGCUAUCGAGAUUCGAAAUUUUUCAAACCUUUCGAAUCGAAGAAAAGAUUCUUCUCGUCUCAAAACCAACAAAAAUUGGUCUUUUUCCGACGUUCAAUAGACGGGAAACCUGUACGAUGCGGUCAUUUCGCAUCACAACGUCUUCUUCGCCGCCCGCUUAUGUCAAUAGAGAAGAGAAGAAUCAAACCGAAGACGAACCAAAAAAAGAGUGGGCAAAAAACCACUGUUACGACAAACCCCGACACUGAUAUCGUGUUAUCAGCCGUCGGUGGACUUUAUUUGAACUGGCGGGCAGUUUCUGGUUACCUUUUUCGUGCUCUUUGAAGGUGGGAACAUCGGGGGAAAGUUCUGAGAAAAGUUAUCAAUGGAGCACAAUAGCUGCCUUGGAAAUGGCUUCGAAAAAUCCAUGAAUAGGUCGACUGAAGAGAAGCAUUUUCUGCGUAUAAUACAGUAAUCAUACUGAAAUUAGCGAUGGAGCACACUAUUCUCACAAAAACGCUUUGAAAUGGAAGAAAAAAUUAUUGAUACAAAAAUUGAUAUCUUAUUAUCAACCGUGUAUUUGAUUUUAUUUGAACUGGCGGGCAAUUUCUGGUUACCUUUUUUUCGUGCUCUUUGAAGGUGGAAACGUCUAGGGGAAAGUCAGCUAAUCGAUAUUUUAAUAAAUUUAUCAGUGGAGCACAAUAGCUUUCUAAAAAAUGGCUUCGGAAAAAUCAGUGAUUAUUUUGAUCGAAGAUAUACCCUGAUUUUAAAGAAAAUAUCAAAUUUCUCAACCGGUCACCCUCUGCAUAACAAUAUUUACGAGCCAUGCAAAGUACGGAAAAACCUGCUUCCCCAGGAAUUUGAUCUAUGAAGUUGAUUGGUCGAUUUUUGCUGGCUCGACGCCAAUUGGGUCAUUCGGGACGGAGAAAAAAGCGUUCUCAUUUGUUCAAACAUCGCGAAGCAGCUGAUUGGAUGAUGAAGGGAUGAGAAUUAGGGAACACUCGGAAAUAUGAAAAAUGGAUUCUUUUGAGGGUUUUCGAUUCAUGAGUGGCUAGGAUUUGAAGUAGUUUUGAAGUUGAUCGGAUGCCGGAAGUCCUCAGGCGAUUUCUUAUAGGCGAAGUGCGCUCCAACGAUAAAUUAUCUUUUUUUAUGGAGAAAAAGGUCAAAACAAGAGCUAUCCAUGAAUAAAUCAAAUUAUUCGUGAUUUUUGGCGAUUUUAAAUGGAGAAAGUGUGCUCCAUUGAUAAAAUGAAGAAAAUACACCAAAAUCUUUGCAAAAUUUCUAAAAAAAGCAAGGUCCAGAGGAUCAGAUUUCCAGCUUUUGCAUUAUUUCAAAGUUCGAAAAUCAAAAUUUUUCUGUUCUUCUUCAAAUUUAUGAAAUAAAUUUGUUAUUGGCGAUUUUACGGCGCCGAUUUGUGCUCCAUAGAUAAAAAAUUAAAAUUCUACGGGAAGAGGGUCUUUGGAAGCUGUAUACUAACAUUUUGAGCUGUUUAAAAGUUGAAAAAAAUCAUGAUCCGAGUAUUUUUGUACGGGACCGCCCCCCUUGAGUUUGAAGUUGGAUAAAAAAAGGAUUCAAGGCGAUUUACGGCGGCUAUUCGUGCUCCAUUGAUAAAAACUGAUGAAAUCACCGAAGAAUAUCCAGAAGACCUUUUCACCAUUUUUUAUAUAGCCAAAAAUCUAAAAUCGAACUUUUUCGUACUCUGCCCCCCGACGUGACUUGCUGAAGAGUCCAAAUUUGAAAAUAAACACGUGAUUUCGGAUUGUUCCCGUCGUCGUCAUUAAAGGGACACCAAAAAAAAAAGUAGCCGCUUUAAAAUUGGCGACGUGAUUCGAGGUGAUGGCGUGGGAGGUUGAUUGACACGUCGUCUGAGCGAUUCGGGCAAUUCACGGAUUUCAGUGGAUUUUUCUUUUCACUUUGACACUUUUUCCAAUGAGAUCGGUGUCUGGCCCGAGAGGACUUGAGAAGGGGGGGCUUUUUGAUGUGAAAAAUUGGAAAAAUUUUGGAUUUGAUAUAGAAGCCUUAGAGAAUUAAGAGGGGGUUAAUGUUUGAGGGAAAAUAGGGAUAAAUUUUUGGUUUAUAGAAGCCUGAGAGAACCGAGGGGGCGGGGGGUAAUUUUUGAAUUAUUAGGGGAAAAACCUUGGUUAGUGAAGGCUUUAUAAAAUCGAGAGGGGGGGUUUUUCAAUUUUGAGGGAAAAUAGGGUUAAAUGUUGGUUCAUAGAAGCUUGCGAGAACUGAGGGGGCAGGGAGGGAAUUUUUUUAAUUUCUAAUUAUUCGUGGAAAAAUCUUGGUUAGUGGCUUGAAAAAAAUCGAGAGGGGGAAGUAGAAUUAUUAGGGAAAAAUAGGGUUGAAUGCUUGUUUUUUUAGAAGCCUGAGAGAACCGAGGGGGGGUUUGAAUCAUUAGGGAAAAAAACCUUGGUUAGUAAAGGCUUGAGAAAAUCGGGAAGGGGGGUUCGAAUUUUGAGGGGAAAACUAUUUGUUUAUAGACCACUGAGAGAGCCGAGGACAAGGGGGGAUUUCUAAUUAUUAGGGAAGAAAGAGUUGCCGGAAAGAUGACUUUUCCGUUUCAGCAAAUGAGUUCAAUUGGUUUGAAAAUAUAAUUGAAUAAUCCUUCGAAGUUUAAGUAAUCUAUUGAAAUCCAGGGCCUUUGCGUGUGUCCGCCGAUGUUCGACCAAAUCCGAAUCGGACCAGAUUCUUUGCCUCUUCGACUUAAUACGACGAUUCCACCUGUGAAAUGCGAUAAACGUUGGUUUUUGAGAUUUAUUUUUGGAGUUGGAAGGCUUAGAAGAAAUUAUAACGAUGCCAAAACUUCUAAAAUGUAACAAAGAAAAGCGUUUUUUCAAAGGAAAAAAUUGUUUUUGAGGCCGAUGAGGUUGAAGAACGUGAAAAUUUGAGCUUUCUUUGAAUUUUUUUGAAAGUAGGUGAGCAAAAUUGGACCCAAAGACAAGUUAAAGAUUUUUCGUAAAGCUAUAUAUUUCAAUUCUUUUUUUUUCGAAUUAUUAUCGUGAAAUUCAGAGGUUUUUUGUAACAAAAUGAACACAAAAAAAAAGCCGAAAAUGAUUAUUUUUUGACUUUUUUCAGCGUUUUUAAUCAUUUCUUGUACUUGUAAAGCUUUUCAUAAAUUUUUAAAUGAUCUGGAAGGGGUGGAAUUUUUUUCAAUCAUUUUUUUUUUUUUCUAAGAAGUUUUUUUAUGAUUUUUUUAUACGUUUUUUUAAGCUUUCUGAUUUUUUUAAAUAUCCUGGAAGUGUUAGGAAAUUUCUUUAAUUACGUUUCCCUCAGUUUUCGCAAGAAUUUUCAUCAUUUUAAUCCACUUUUUGAGCUUUCUAUGGAUUUUUAGGUAUCCUGGAAGCGUUAGAAAAUUUUUUCGAAUAUUUUCCUAUGUUUUUGCAAAAUUUUUCAUCAUUUUCAUGCAAUUUUUGAGCUUUUUCUGAAUUUUUAGGUGAUCUGGAAGUGAUUGGCCGAGUCCAUCCGUCGGAAAAAGUCUACAAAGGGACGGACGUCACCAUGUAUUGCUGUAUCAACGUUGAUCCGGAAGGAUUCGUCGACGCCGCUGGGGUUUUUUGCCUUUUCUUGAGUUUGAAGUGGAAAAAAUGAGGAUUUUUUGAUAAUUUAUUAAUAAAUUUCGCCUUUUUUCGUUUGAAAACUGAAAAAAAUGGGCUUUUUCGCUAAAUUUUUUCAUUGUUUUUGCCUUUUUCUAUUCUCAGGAACGCUGAGGGGUCACUAGAGGGGUUGAGGAAGAAAAUAGCUUUUUUUAGAAGACAAAAAGUGCUCCAUAGGGGGUGAAGUUUAGGUGGUCCCCACAGGGGUUUACGUCUGUUUUCUAAGUCAAUGGAACUUAAGUGGUCCUUACAGUGAUUUUUUAAUGUUUCGUUCAGACACGCUCCCUUAGAGUGGCCACUUUGGCGAGCUUUAAUGUCAUCUAAGUGGGAGAUAAAGUGGCCCCUAGAGAGGUUGAGAAAACCGUCUAUGUGGGGGACAAAUUGUGCUCCCUCUAGGGUUAAAUUUCAAGUGGUCCCUAUAGGGGCUCAUGGUCUCUUUUGCAAGCCCUUAAAGCGCAAGUGGUCCCUUUAGGGAAUUUUUGUUUUUGAGUCAGAUAAACGUUUUGACCGCUACCCUAGAGUGACCACUUUGGCAAGCUUUAAUGUCCCUCUAAGUGGAAAAUAAGGAGGCCCCUAGAGGGGAGCCUUAGGCCGUUUUUUUGAAUUUUUUUAGGUCGCUCAAGAUUUUGCGCAAAAUUUUUUUGAACCCACCAUUUUUGGUUGAAUUUCUUCUAAGUCCUCAUUUCUUCUAAUUUUUUUGUUCCUUCAGGUUUUCUUCAUCCAAAACACGACACUGAUGCGCGAAGCGACCAAUCAUCCGUUUCGAGGGGUAUUUAUUUUGAAUAAUUUGGAUUCGUGUAGCGGAAAGUCGUGAGUAAAAAUAAAUUCAUGAGCUUUUUCAUCAUUUUCCUGUUUCAGAAAAGGCUUUUGUUAAGUUUAUAACAUAUACACAGCGUUUACUAUGGCUUUAUGAUUUUUGAACAUUUGUAUCGAUUUUUUGGAGAACUAUUUUCAUUCUCCACUUGAUAUGGAAUAUUUUUUUUUUAUCGAUUUUACCUCAUAUUUAAGAAACCCAAAGAAUUUUUCAGAAUCGCGGCAAUAUCCCUUAAUUUUACUUUUAUUUAAAAGUGAUUCAAAGCUUUUUUCAGAAUGAGUUAUACAUUUUGUACUUUGGGGAAUUUUUCAAGAAAAAUUUCGUUUUGAACCUCAAAAUCGGCCCUUUCGUCUCGAAAAAUAAUGGAUUUGGUUGGUCCCGCGAAAUCGAAAAAUCGAAAAACCAAAACAGAGCUUUGUUGUCAUCAUUUGCGUUUUUUGCGGACUUUAAAGCUUCAUAAUUCGGAAAUAGGAUUUAUUGCAAUUUUUUUUUUGUUCUUGAAUCAGGAGGUCCUAAAGUACACUUGAGCAAAGUUUCAGCGAAUUUCAACCCGGGGGAUGAAAAAAACGAUCUUUAGGAAUUCACCUCGAGAUCUUAAAAAAACUACCCUGCCUUGGAGAGAUUUUUGAGAAAUACUAUAGGAAUAUUUUUUAUGGAUGACAAUUUUGCUUAUCACUUCAAGGUGACCCGGAAACACGACGAACGGAUGUCCUGUUGGGAGCUGGAAAUCAAGAACGCGCAGCCCUCGGACAGCGGCUCCUACAUGUGUCUCGUGUCCAGCAGCUCUCCCGUCAUUUCGGCCAAUUAUACCAUUGAUUUUGAAGUCAAAGGUUUGAUUUUUUGAAUAAAAUGGUCUAGAAUCGAAUUUUGUUCUUUUCCCUAGGUCUUAAAGUCUGGAAAUGACAUAUUUUGGCUAAUUCCGAGGAUUUUUUCAAUGUUAUUUUCCGGGUUUUUGUAUGUAUUUCCUUGUAUACUUGCAAUUUAUACAUAGUCUGGAUUUAAAGUAAUUUCCAGAGUUUUGCGGUUUUUUCUUCUUAUUUUGAGUCGAAAUUUUGGUAGGUAGUAGUAAUUAUUUUUCAUAAUUAGCGAAUUUUUUUCUCAACUUUUCUCAGAUUUCUCACGUUAUAAUCGGUUUUUUUGAAUGGUAAUUUCCGAGAAAAAAAAAACCGAAAAAUGUCAAUUUCAAAAAAAAAAAAUGACGAUUUCUUGCACCUAAUCCUCACUUCUCUGUUUCAUCUUCCUUUUUUAAAUGUUCACGUAUUCUUCCAUCGUUCCCCAAAUGAUCUCACACGCCUACUGUUCAUUGUUGAAAAUCGGGAAUGGUUUAAAAAGUUGCCUCUUUUGAGAUUUUUCUCAGUGGAAGUUCAAGAUGAACUUAGAAUUAAUUUUUUUUUUCAAUCUGUCUGAAAAAGUUGGGAAAAAAAGCGGCAAAAAAACCGGAAAAUUUUGGGCCUUGGGUCAUUCCAAAUGCGGUCAAAAUGAUCAGAUUUGUUUUUUUGAGUUUCAGAGCAUUUUUAUUGCUUUUAUUUCCAACCGCAACGUCUUGAGCCAUUCCAAAUGCGACCAAAAUAAUCAGAAAUUUUUUUAAAAGUUUUAGGACGAUUUUUUUGAGCCUUUUUUUAUUCACCCGCAACGCCUUGAGUCAUUCCAAAUGCGGCCAAAAAAAUCAGAAAAAAACUUUGAUAAAAUUUUUAGGGAAGAUUUUGAAUUCUUAGAUUCUUCCGGAACCCCUUGAGUCAUUCCAAAUGCGACCAAAAUAAUCAGAAAUUUUUUUCAAGUUUCAGGGCAGUUUUUGAAGUUUUUGUAUUUAACCGCAACGCCUUGAGCCAUUCCAAAUGCGACCAAAAUAAUUACAAACAGCGAAAUGACGAGUAACUGGAGCCAUUCGUUACACAAAAAAUUUCCACUUUUUUCUUUUUAUCACUUUUUUUUUCCUGUCCCAUCAACCAUUUUUGUUUGUCCAGAACAUGAGAAACGCUCCCACGCUUCGUGGUACAAGCGUCCGAAAAAACUCCACCAACAAGGCCCAAGUGCCCAAGCGCCGCGUGAGUCCUCAGCAUGGCCCGAACCUCGUUGAAAAUUUGAUAUUCACAAGGGUUUUAUUUAUUUUUUUUUGCGGUUGGGAAUUUUUCUGAAAAUUGGCCAGAACGCUUCUUGAUGAACUAGGGAAAGCUCCUGAAAGUCCCAAAUUGCAAAAAAAAAAUUUUUUUUGGGAGAAUUAAGCUUUCAAAGACAAGACAAUGACGUAACGGAUUUUAAGGUUUUUUUCUUAAAAAAUAAAAAGAAUGAGCAGUUUGUGCUUUUUUGGACCAUUAUUUCAAGCGUUCUCUGGCCAAUUUCCAGGAAUUUCCAAGCCAAAAAAAAAUAUUGAACUUUUUUAGUGGUAGAAGAUCACAAAAAUGUAAAGACAAUGCUGAAAAAGGACGAAAAUUCCCAUUUUUUCGCAAGGACAAGGAAAAAUGCCAUUUCCCAGGCAUUUUCCGGAAAAAGCAGUCUGACCUGUCUGCGCUCUCUUUUCUCUCACUAUUAGACGUGAAAAUAGCACGGAAACAUGAGAGAGUAGAGGGAGCAGAGAAAGCAGAGCGUUCAAGCGAAAAAAUUGAUUUUUACGAAAAAAAAAAAGCUUGGGAGUUAUUUUGCACUCUGAAAAAAAUCCAAAUGAUAUCGUAAAACUCUUUUUUGAAGGCUUUUCCUAGUUUUUAAAAUCAUUUUGGGAUUUUCUACCACUUAAAAAUCCCCUCGAUGCAUGUAAUCCGUGGUUUUUGAAUGUCUUGUGGUUGUGGUCUUGAAAUUUAAAAUUGAAAAAAAAAUUAAAUGAAAGUUGAGAACUCGAAUUAAUCGGUAUGAAGCCCUGGAGUACUUGAAAAUUUAUUUAUUUUAAAAAAUUUUGAUGACGUUAAAGUUUUUUUCCAUAAAAAUUUGUUUUUUGUUUUUUUUUUCUUUGAAAACUCGCUUUGGACCCUUUGAAAACUUGAUAUGACUUUCAGAACUUUGAAAUUUCUGAAAGAGCGAAUUUUUGAAAGCCCCGAGGCAGUUUCCAGUGUUAUUUAGGGCUACUAGAAAUUUAAAAUAUUCACUUUUAUUCCCAUUUUCCCCCUUAUUUUCUCACAUUUUCCUUGUUUUUUUUUCCCCUCCUUAACCUUUUUCCCCCUGCCUGAACCCUUUGUAAACCCGUUGUAACUUUUUUUUUCCUUUAAAAAUAACUGCCGGUGCAAGAGAAAAGCGAUAUUGUCGGAGGCGGUACAUUCCAUAUUUUUCUUGGUCGCGCUUAAAAAAAUUUUCAAAGAGCGAUAUCGCGUUUUUUUUCUCGCGAUGUCGCUAAUGUACUGCAGUGUCGCCGCGCGAGACUCGCAUUUUUCUUGGCGCGACAUCGCCUUUUUUUCUAUCGCACUCGAAAAAAUCGAAAAAAAACGCGAUACCGCGUUGAGAGAUUUCGCGAUGUCGCUAAUGUACUGCAGUGUCACCGCGGCAGGCUCGCAUUUUUCUUGGCACGACAUCGCAUAUCCAUCGCACUCAAAAAAUCGAGAUCACGACAAAAAAUGUCGAGAUCGGCGCGGCUAGCAAGCAGAACUUUCGCGAUGUCGUCAACUCGAUAUCGCUUUUUUCUCGCAGUUAUUUUUAGUGUUUUUUUCAAAAAAGAAAGGAACUUUUUCAGCUCCUCGGAUGAUUCACAAUCUUCGGGUGAACAAGACGGAGAAAACGGCGACGGUUAUGUGGGAUUCGGAAGAAGGAUCUCUGAUUCCGAUCGAUUUGCGGUCGGUUUUUGCCCUUUUUUUGAUUUUGUAUUGAAAUUCGUAUCAGUUUUUUAAUCCUUCAUAAGAACUUGAUUAGAAUUUUUGAAUUUAAGCUGCAAAAUUCAAAAAAUUGUGAGUUACAAAUGGAUUUCCUACUGAUUUUCCAGCUAUUUUUUUCCUUUUUUUGCUUUUCAUUGACCUUCACUCAAGACGUGACCAAUAUUUUUUGAAGAUAUUUUUUUUGUAACGUAUUUCACCCUGGAAUUUUAUGACCUGCAAAUUUCAAAGAACUUUUUUCUACUCUUUCUACGCAUUCUUUGGGUUGGCAGAGUGAAUCACACUCUUUUUAAAGCUUUUCUGUUUCAAAAAGUUUUUAAAAUUUUGAUGUUUCCUUCAUUUCUAGUUUAUGAUCCAAUGUUACGACAAAAUCUCAAGUUCUUCAAGUUUUGAGGACCGUAAUCUUGUGUACGCAGAUCUAAAAAGUCCCAUAAUCUUGGAAAGCAAAAUCUUGGAAAGCAAAAUCUUGGAAAGCAAAAAUCAACGCUUUUGCAAAUAGAUUUUAUCAGAAAUUGUGUUCGGUGAUCCAAACAAGAGAAUAUAAGUAGAUAAAGUGCAAUAAAGACUAAAAGGGAAGGUUUUUGUUUUCCAAGAUUUUGGUCUCCAAGAUUAUGGGACUUUAGAUCUGCGUACAUAACUCAAAAUUUGCGGACAUGAGAUUUGGUCGUAUCAUCAACUGUGCGAGACAUUAAACCCUCGGGGAACCGCCCAAUAGUUUUAAUUCUCAAUAAAAAAAAUCAUCAAAUCAAGAAAUUCAAACACGAUCGUCACCGUAUAUUCAUUAUUUCUCAUGUGAAAAUACAAAAAUGUGACAUUUUUCGCUGCUACAAUAAAAGCGAGUUUUUUUUCCUUAUGGUUAUGGUAUGCGAAAGUCCGUAUUUGGCGUGUGCGCGUGCGUUCACACUUUUUGUGAUAUCAUCUCCAUUUUUUUCGCUUCAUUUUCAAAUUUUUUUCUCUCUUUUUUGUUUAAUAUCAAGACAGAAUGUGGAAACACGCGCAAAAGUCAAAUGCGGAUUUCUACUUACAGUACUCCUCAAAAAAAAAAAACCAAAAUACGUGCUUAUGGUAGCAUCUACUUUCUAUGUGUAAAAAUUAUUCCCGAUGUUGAAAUUCACAAGUUUUUUCGGACUAGAUAAUAUAGAUGCCUUCUAACCUCUGUUAACUAAUCAUUUUACCAACCGCUUAACGCUAUUUAACCCUGGAACCCUAUAAAAAUGGUCAUUUUCAAAAUUUUUCAAAAAAUAAUUCAGAAAAUAGUUGUUUUCACAUACGUUUGAACCAUUGAAAAAAAUCAUUUUUCGAAUUUUUCGACCAAAUUUUUCAGAAUUUCCGUUUUUUGAUAGUUUUACCCUCUUUUUGUUGUUUAAUAUUCUUCGAAACAGUUAGAUUCGAUUAAUAAUAAAUAAUUAAAUGUACAGUAACCGACGACGUUUGCUGCGAGGCGUCAAUGCCAAGAUGGCCUCUGGAAAAGAGUAAGAAAAAUCGUGAAAUUUAUUAUUUUUUUGGACGUGUGAAUUAAUAGCCUCGAAAAUUGAGCAUUCUGCGCCCCAUGGCUAAAUUUUGAACCUCUUCCCGGCAUUUUCUUGAAAAAUAUCGAGAAAUUUGAUUUUUAGCAAUGGAGCGCAUAUUAUGAAUAGUCUCAAAAAAAGAGGCUCAAAAAUUUUUAUUUUUUUGUGCUUCAUGGCUAAUUACAAAAUUACAUAAGCAGAAAUUAUUAAGAAUGUGAAAAUUUUCACAUUUUUCAAUGACAGAAGGCAAAAGAAAGAUCGAAAAAUGAAAUUAGCCGUGGAGCGCGAUUUGAUCAACUUUUUCGCGGCUAUUUUUUCACACCUCUAUUUUUGGUUUUUUUUUUUUGGUUUCUUUUUUUUUUCAAUUGCAUGGAUUAUUUGACUUUUCGGUUUCUUUAUGUUCAUUUUUUAGUUUCUUUAGUUUUUUUCGAAUAGUUGGACGUAGAGAAUAUGAUCCGAAAGAAGUUCACAGAACAAAAACCGUCUUUUUCUCUUUCUCGUCCAAUAUCAAAGAUCCUUAUCACGUGCGGAAGUGAUUUAUCGUUUUCUUUGCCCAGUGACAAUUUGAAAUGACCCUUUUCGGAUCGACAAGUGCAACUCGAGGGCAAAUCGUGCAAAGAAAACAAGAUCACAAAAUCGAGAGGAAGUUUAUCUUAGAAAGGAGGUCAUGCAGAAUCUUCAUCUGAUCUAUAAGGAUUUAACCAAAAAGUUAAAUUACCUUCCUUGUUAAUGAUAAUUGUCCAUUUACUGUAAAACAUCAAUCAAUGAUAAUUUUGAAAAUGCGCAAUUCAAAAAUAAAUUGAUACAAAAAGACAGUUCGAUAAAGGGAAGUAGGAUGAGGACAGUUUUCAAACUUUUUUUUUUCAAUUAAAUGAAAAAAUAAUUGGAUGAAACAGUCGAUUUUUGAAGAAAAGAAAUAAAGUUUCUGUGGAUAAAAUUAGGUUCUCAUUUUCAACUUUUUUGUCUCGUUUUGUCAAAAUUUUCUUAAAUGGAUAAGUGGCAAUAAAAUGUUUUUUAUUUAAAGACAAUAUGAAAAUUUUGAUUACCAUAUUUAAUAUCAGAAAGCCUAACAAUAUUCUAUCUAGGAUUUCGAAAAGAACAGCCAAAUUUUAAUUUUUUUAGUUUUUUUGACUUUGAUCCUAAUAAAAUUAAAGAACGACUUUUUGAUCUGAAUCGACUGGAAAAAAAUAAAUAUAUUAAAUAUAUUUUUCAAAAAAAAAUUUUUUUCGAGAAAAAAAUGACUUUUUUUAACAAUUGGUGUUGUCUUCCAACAACAAAAAAAGGCCUCGCUGAGAUUUUUAAAAAUUUUAGACAAAUUUCACAAAGGUCCCGAAGCGAAGAGCAGUUUUUUUUUUAGUGCUCCUGCGCCUUUAAAAACUUCAAAAAUAGUUUUCGAUCAAACUACACAGUUCUCAGUUACACUUGGAUGAAAAUCAAGGAUUAUCAAUCAUUUUCAACCUUUUUUUUCCCGUUUUUGACGCGUAUUCUCGUUCCGGUCGGAAUGUCUAUCACAUGGGACAAAUUCCCAGUGCAAAAAAAAAGCCGACGGAUUUUAUUUCGCUGUGGUUGGAAUUUGGACCGGCAAAAUGAUUAAUGAACCCCACUUGUCAAAUGAACCGAGUCACCUGUUUUUGGCGGUUUUCUUUGUCCUUUUUCUUAUUUUUCUGAAGUUGGAGGGAUUGGAGAGAAAAAUUUCAAUGAGUAGAGGAUUUUUUUGAAUUUAUAGGUUUUGAGAAUUUGAAACAGAAUUCGUCGAGCGAGUAAAAUUCUGAAAAGAAAAUGAAAAAUUUUUAUUUUGUUCUAAAUCCUAAAAAAAUUCCGAUCGAUAGAAUUUUUUUAAAAGAUUUUUUUCAAGAGCUUUCCGUUUUUUUCCGAAGCUACUAGAGUUCGAGGAAAAACGGGAAAUUCAGAUAAAUUUACAAAUUUAGUUGGAUUUUUUUCAACGGUUUUAGGGCUCAAAUGAGGUCGUUUUUGUACAAUUAGAAGUUUCCCGUAUUUUUUUGAGGAUUUUUAUUAAAAUCCGUAGUGCCUUCAAUCAGAAAAAAAUGGUUAUAAAAAAAUAGAUCAAAUUUUUGAAGUUUUUCCACAGAGUUUUCCUUUUUUUAAAAGGCUACUAGAGUUUGAGAAAACCUAAAUUCAGGAGGUUUUUAAUUCAUUUAUUUUUUUGGUAGUUUCAAGGCUCAAGUGUGAACAUUUUUUUGAACAAUUUUUGGAAAUAUGGGCAUUUUUUUCUCAUAGUUUACUCAAAAUACUGAAGUCCCCUUGUUCAGAAAUUACUCAAUAUCAUAAAUAAUUCACUCAUAAGAGAAAAUAAAAUAUUCUUGAAAAAAAUUAUUAUUUUAAAACUUUUUCGAGCAUUUUUGAAAGGGCUCAGAGUAUUGAAAAAAUAUUUUCCCAGACUGAUUGCCCAAUAUUUUCCAAAUUUUACCGCUUUUUUCAAGUUUAGUGGCCACUUUAGGGGUCAACGGAUCAACAUAACUGGUCCAAUCUGCUUGUUUUAUAGUGAUCAAAAAUAAAACGGAAAAUAGUGGCCACUAUAGAGGUGGGUUUAGUGGCCACUUUAGUGUCCUCUCCGAGUAUUCUUUGGUGAGCCUCUAUAGUAGCCACUAGAAAUUUUGCCAAAUUGUCUAAAAAAAAACAAUGAUCCACUAAAAUUGAAAAAAAAAAGUUAAAAAAUAAAUUUAGCUUUUCAAGGAGUUUUUGAGUUUCAGUGUAUUCGUUGCCUGAAACGAUUUUAAAAUUUCGCCGCUUUUUUGAGUUUUUUUUUGUUCCGUUCUGAGAAAAUGUGGUGCUGUUUGGUUCGGUUUCAAGUUUUCCUUUGUUCCUAACAUUUUUUGAUUCAAUUUUUGACUUUUUUGCUCUUUUUUCUGAUAUUUUCUUCCUCAUGAAGAACCUUCCAGAUUGCUCCGACGAACGGACAACCGUGGCCAGGAGGUUUUCCGGAAGGAAAACGCGACUUCUCCGGUCCUGAUCGAGAGUCUGCGGGCCGCCACGCCGUACACGCUUUUCGUGUCCGGCAAGGACGGAACGACGCCUUUCGAGUUCACCGAACAUUUCACCACCGAGCAGAAACGUUCGUUUCAAUUUUUGAACUUUAUUUAAACAGUUCUAGGGAUUUUUUUAAAUAAUAGAAAUGGAACUUUAAAAAGCAAUAGAAAAAAACUGUCUUUCGUGCUUUCAACAAAAAAAAAAACGAAAAAAAAUUUUAAAAAAAUUAAAUGGAUUAAAAAAAAUAGAUUGAUUAACUAGAAGUGGAAUAUAAAGUGUAGAAGGAAACUCGGAAAUGAUAGUUGAAAAAUUCGGAAAGUUGGAAAAAAAGAAGCUUUCACAUGCCAAUUUGAUUCUAAAAUUGGCCUAAAUAACUUGUAUUUUUAUUCCCAUGGGAUUUAAACGAGAAAAUGGGCUUUUAAUUUUUUCAACGAUUCUAUUUGAAGCAAUACUUACUUACUUACUUAGAUACUUAGAUGGUCCAUCUUCGCUUUCGGCCUUUUAUUGCCUUUUAGUGCCUUUUAUUGAUCGAAGCGUGGACCACACGUUUUCCAGGAGGUCUUAUGCAAUCGGUCAUCCAAUGUUGUCGUCCUGGUUGACUGGUAUUCUUGCGAAAAAAAUCCAUCCGUGGUGUUGAACGUGUUAUAGCAUAAUUGUGGUCUGAUUAUCCUUUUUGCCUUGCCAGGGCUAAAAAAGACCGCCCAUUCUGUUAGCAGAAGCAAGCCGAAUUGCGUGACCGGUGUACCGUUAGCCGCCAUAAAUGGCGUUGCCUCCCCAUCACCGCGUAGAGGUGGUACUUGAAGGGGUUGAAGCAAUAAAUUUGACUUAACCAAAAUUUCACUAUUUUUGAAGUUCAAAUGCCAACAAUACCACGGGCCAAGUCCGAAAGGUCUCAAAAAGGACUUUUGAGGGGGGGGGGGGAAGGCUUUUAAAGGCCGGGCGCCUUUUUUUUCGAGACCUUUUUUUGAAAAGGACCUUUUGAAGAGGGGUGUAAAAGAAGAUAAAAAAAAGGAGAUUUCAAAAAACUUUUGACACAUUUUUGGGAACUCAAAAAGGAGCUUUAGGCUCUUCUUUUUAAGGCCUUUUUUGAGGUCGUUCAAGCUUUUUACAAGGCCUUUUUGGAAGAUGAAAGUUUUUCUCACAGUCCGAAAUACGUCAAAAAAAACGCAUCUAUAUUUUAUUCAUUGAUUUUCAGGACCCCAUGCCCCAAAAGAAGAAGACGUCCGGUUACUGAACUCGGGAUCUUCUUUGAUUUGUGAAGUCGAAUGGAAAAGCCCGGCGGAGACGAAUGGAAGGAUCAUUAAGUACUUUGUGAGUUUGCAAAAUGGAAAACUAAGAAAAAAUAGAAGAAAUUCGAAUUUUUACGCACGUAAUCUUCCUUAUUCUACAUUUCUACACUUUACAGUUUCGCAGCUUUUUGAAAUGAGUGAGAUAUUAAGUUAUGUCAGUUUCAUUUUUGCGUAUUAACCGAUUCAAUAUUUAAAAAUAAGCAAAGCGCAAGGUACCGUAACCACAGUUGUUCAUCUUGCUUUCGCUUUGAGAACAUUCAAAAAACGGCAAAAAUUUUUUGCGACAAAAGUUAAGGUUUUUUUUGGCUAAAAAAAUGUGACUAGGACUUGAAUUAUUUCAGUGAGUCAGUGUUAUUUUUAGAGCCUCUAUAGAAAAAAGAUAUAUCAAUUAGUCCAACUUCCUAUUGAUUUUUGCAGUUUUUAACUUGAUUUUUGUUUUUCUAUAGGUUUUUCCGAAUUUUUUAAAAUUUUUUAUUCAGGUUCCAGAAAAAAAUUUUUGAAAAAAAUAUUCGCUCUGUUUUUCUAUAAGAAAGAUCAUUAUAUUUUUAAGGUUGGGAAUUUUUUGAAAAUUGAUCAGAACAAUCCUGAUCGAUUUCCUGAUGUACCAGAUAAAGAUACGGAAAGUAUCAACCUUUAAAAUUUCUUAGUUUCCGAGAAAAAGGGUAAAACUCAGAAAAAUGGCUCAUAUUUGAAAGUUUUCUCCCGUUUUGAGGUGAAUUCUGGCGAAAAUCAGGAAUUUUUGCAGUUUCAGGAUCUUUUACUGCGAAUAGUAUUUUCAUGAAUUUUCUGAUAAUUUAAAAGUAAAAUGUUUCUUUUUUUGGUCAGGAUCCAUCGUCUGCGAGAAAAUAUUUCUGUUUUUAAACCCCUCGUGAAACAUCAGACUCAUAUAGUCAAUGUUUCCCGACUUAAAAGGUGAGGGAGGUGGGACGCGUAGCGUGUGCGUACGCGGUUCUUGGCGCCAGUUCAAUUCAAUCGCCGCCGACAAAUUAAAAAGCUCGACAGCCGCUAUUUUUCAAUGUUUUCUACUAUUUUUGAACAUAAUCAAUAAAUAAUUGAAAAAGGAACGAAAAGAGCGAAAAACGGGCUUUUCAAAGAGUCGAUGGCGGUUGAAUUAAACUCGCGCCAAGAACCGUGAACGCACACGCUACGCGUCCCGCCCCUUUCAAGUCGAGAAACAUUGACUAUAAAUAACGACUUUUCAAGGUGAGCGUGCGCGGAGAGAUGCGUCGCGGUCGGCCGGACGGUUCCCUAGUCGCCGACGACUUUCCGGACUCAAUGACCACGGAUAAACGUUGUGCCAACUGGAACGGAGACGAGUCUUCGAUCACCACCUCCGGAAUCAAUCCCAUCGAUUUCUCCACGGAGUUCUUCUCCUGCAAGUUCGGCCCCUUGAAGGUAAAAUGAGAACGAGAGAGAGUGAUCCCUAGAGGGUCAGGGGAAAAUAGCUCCUAUAAGGGAUAAAUAGUGCUCCCUGGAGGUGUAGAAGUUCAGGUGGCCCCUAUAGGGAUUCAGGGUCUGGCCCUUGAGCCCCUGAAAUUCAAGUGGUCCCUAGAAGGGCCAGGGGAAAAGUAGAUCCCAUGGAGGACAAAAAGGGCUCCCUGACCAAGCUCAAGUGAUCCCUAGAGAGGUUAAGAAAGAAAAAGCCUUUAGAGGAGACAAAGUAGUACUCUCUGACCCCUCUAGGGACCACUUGGUGUGAGAAUUCGAGAUGUGUAGAAAUAUAGGUGACCCCUUGAGGGGUUUAGGAUCUGACUUUUGAGACCCCUGAAGCUCAAGUGGUCCUUAGAGGGGUCAAGGGAAAACCAAACCCUAUGGAGGACAAAAAAAGUGCCCCUGACCCCUCUAGGGACCACUUGGUGUGAGAAUUCGAGAUGUUUAGAAAUAUAGGUGGCCCAUUGAGGGGUUUAGGAUCUGACUUUUGAGACCCUGAAGCUCAAGUGGUCCUUGGAGGGGUCAAGGGAAAACCAAACCCUAUGGAGGACAAAAAAAGUGCCCCUGACCCCUCUAGGGACCACUUGGUGUGAGAAUUCGAGAUGUGUAGAAAUAUAGGUGGCCCCUUGAGGGGUUUAGGAUCUGACUUUUGAGCCCCUGAAGCUCAAGUGGUCCUUAGAGGGGUCAAGGGAAAACCAAACCCUAUGGAGGACAAAAAAAGUGCCCCUGACCCCUCUAGGGACCACUUGGUGUGAGAAUUCGAGAUGUGUAGAAACUCAAGCAAGUGGCCCUUUGAGGGUUUAGGUUUUGACCCUUGAGUCCCUGGAACUCAAGUGGUUCCUAAAGGGUUCAAGGGAAAAGAGCCCAUAUAUGGUGACAAACAAAGUGCUCCCUAGAGGGGCAGAAGUUCAAGUGGUCUCUAUGGGGGCUUAGUAUGUGACUUCUGAGUUCCUUAAGCUUGAGUUGUCCCUAUAGGGGUCUUUUAGUUUUUUUUUUAGUUGGAAAGACUUGAUUGAUUAUUCCUCUACUGAUAUUUUUUUCAUUAGAAAACUCAAAAAUUGCUUUUUGAAACUUCAAAUUUCGUGUCCAAUAACAACGAGCGAAGUAAAAUCAAUUUUUAAAAUGAAGGGAAAAAUAUUCAAAGUAUUUAUUUUCCAGCCCAACCGUAACUACUCGGUGAUGGUUUGGGCGGAGAACAACGCCGGGAAAUCUCUGCCGGCAGUGUUCAAGAAGAACUGCGUGACGAACUUCGCCCAGCCGGACGUCGUCCAGGAGCCCGCGACGACGAUGACCGAGAACCUGACGACGUUCUCCUUGAUGUUCAACAACCCGCCCGAUGAUACCAAUGGGCCGAUCAGGUAAAAUUGGUUGAGAGAGAGAGAGAGAGAUUCCUAAAUAAAAGCAAUGAGAAGGGCUCAGGUAGAUCCCUAUAGUUUUAGAACUUUGAACUGAGAAAUAAAUAGAAAAUUCAGUUUUGGAAUCAUAGGCAAAGUCGGAAGGUGGAUAAGGGUCCAUAGAAAUUUUCCUUUUUUGCUGCCUUUUCGCGACCUUUUUGCUGCUUUUUUGCGGCCUUUUUGGCCUUUCUGCGACCUUUUUGCGGCCCUUUUGCGGCCUUUUUGUGGCCAUUCUGCGGCCUUUUUUCGACCCUUCUGCGACCUUUUCGCGGCCUUUUUGCUGCCUUUUUUCGGCCCUUCUUGCUGCCUUUUUUCGGUCUUUUUUUCGGCCUUUUUGCUGCUUUUCUGCGGCCUUUUUGGCCUUUCUGUGACCUUUUUUGGCCUUUCUGCGACCUUUUUGCGGCCUUUUUUUGGUCCUUUUUUCGGUCCUUUUUGCGGUCUUUCUGCUGCCUUUUUUGGCCUUUCUGCGACCUUUUUGCGGCCCUUUUGCGGCCAUUCUGCGGCCUUUUUCGGCCUUUUUGCGGCCUUUUUUCGGUCCUUUUUGCGGCCUUUCUGCUGCCUCUUUGCGGCUUUUUUUCGGCCUCUCCCUGGACAUUAUCCACCAUGCCGACUUUGCCCGAACUAGUUAGGUUGAAGAAACACUAAAAAUUACCUAUAACUAACUUUUUAGCUGACAAAGUAGCCGUAAAGUCAUGGAGGAAAACAAUUAAAAAAUAAUUUUUGGAUCUAUCAAAGGCGAAGGUCAAAUUUUAAUGUGCGGAUAUCAUAUAAGGUCCUCAAAUAUCAAGUCCUAACAAGGAGGUCAUUAUACUUUUCGGCUGGGAGUUUCUUAAAAAUCAGCCAGAUCACUCAUUGAUGUACCAGAAAAUGAUCAUGAAAGCCUCAACUUGCAAAAAUUCCGAUUUUUUUCAAAAAAAGACACCUCAAAUUUGAAUGAAACCCGCGAAAAGAAUCGAAUUAGGCCCUUUUCUUGAACCAAAAAAAAUUUCGACUUUCAGGAUUUUUUUAGGUAUGUUGAAGAGUAUAAUUACCAAACAGAAAUUAAUUUGGUCUUUUUUUAACUUUUUCUUUAAAAAAAAGCUCGAGUUUUUUUCUUGAAAUCUACGUCUUCUUCUUCAUGUCUUUCUUCAUUUCUCGGGAAUUUUUUUCCGGAAUUUACGUAUUUUUCCGAAUUUCGUCAUUUAAUGGAAGUUUUACUAAUAAAAAAAUUUUUAUUUUGAGCUUCAAAUUCACUUUUUUUGGGUUUGAUUGCUUUUUUUCGUUUUUUUCAAGCCGAAAAAUUUGUACAGUAUGCAAAAAAUUUAAAAAAAUCGGCCGGAAACUCUAUAAAAUAAUUAAAUAUUCAUAAUUUCCAGCUGUUUCUACAUCGCCAUAGUCCCCCUGCUGGCCAACGUCUCCCUGGACACUCUACCGCCUCCCAGCGAGAUCGUCAUGGAUUCUUUCGUGAAAGUUCGAUUUUUCAUAUAUAUAAAUUGGAAAUUUUUGAACCAAAUUGAGCCAUUUCUAGCAUUUUACCGCUUUCAACCAAAUUUAAAAGUUUUGGAAUCAUUUUUGCAAUAUUCUGUUUAGGAAUUUCCAUUAAAAGUCGGUCCUUAAGAACGCCAGAGUGGUCCCUAGAGGGGUUACCUUAGACGCCAUUGAAGGCUCCCCUCUAGGGACCCCUAUAGGGGGCACUGAAGCUUUAAAAAGUGACCACUCUAGGGGGAACAUGCUAGCGGCUACUAUAGGACCUUCAGGUCAGAAAAAAAAAUCCUCAAAAAUCACUAUAGGGACCACUUAGGAGUCAGAUUCUAAAUUCUUAUAAGGACCAUACUCGUUUUAGCUUUCUAGGAAGCACUUUUCUGUCCCCUAAAGUGGCUGUUUUUCCCUAACACCUCUAGGGGCCACUCUGGCUUUUCUAAGGGCUGCAAAUUAGCUUGAAUUUGUUUUUUUGGCUUUAAUCACAUUAGGAAAUUUUUUAGGAAUGUUUUUCCUUUUUAUUUUACUUUUUUUGAACGAAAAUCAAGGAAAAAUUGUUUUUUUUUGCUCUUGAGAAGCCUUAAAAAUCAAAUUAUUCAACUUUUUCAGGAUUUUAGUUAUUCAAAAAAAGAAAAAAUAUCAAUUUUCUCAUUUUUCCAGGCCUUCAGCAACAAUAUGCACGGUUCGGCGGCGGAAAAACGCCGUUAUUUUGCCUAUAUUGCUGAAAGUUACGGUGGCUAUCCCGGGAAUACGGUAAUUGGCGAUGGAGCAACCAUUCCCGAUAUCAGACCCUGCAAUGUCCAGUGAGUUUUGCAGCAAAAAAAAACUUUUUGAAGGGAAAAUCUGAAAAGUAGUGGGUAACUGUGAAAUUGUGCCCAUUUUUAAUAUGAAAAGGUGAAUUUUUGGGGUGCUUAAAAUCAGAAAAAAAUAAGGAGAAAAACUCGAAAAAAAUCACGGAAAAAGAUAAUUUUUGGAAGAGAAAUGUUUUUUUAACUGAGAAAUUAACUGUGAAAUUAGGCAUAUUGAGUGUUUUUUUAACGAAUAAUUAUUCCUUAUUUGGUUUUUUUGAAACAGAAAAAAAUGCGAAAAAAAGCGCGAAAUUCACAGAAAAAAAUAAAUGUUUCUCAAAUUUCGAUGUCAUUUUUGAGCGCUUUAAAAAAAUCGUCAAAUAGGAUAAUUUUUCAGUAGAAAAAGCUAGAAGUUUUUGAAGAAAAAAAUGAUUGUAAAUUGACUCAAAAAAAAUAUGUAGUUGAAAGAAUAAUUGAAAAAAACUAGAUUUUUAAACGUUUAUUGUAUAAUUUCUACACUAAAUUGGCAAUAAAUAUAUGAUUUUAUAUGGCUUAUUUGAAACAUUAAAAUCAUCUAAAAUAUGGGCUGACAUUUCAAAUUUCAACCUUUUUUUGCAGAAAGUUUUUAAAUAAGGUUUCUGAGUACUUAAAAUUAGAAAAAUCAUUAAAUUUUUAAUUUUUUUAGUUUCUAACUAAACUAAAGCUUGAAAGUUGGUAAAAAAACGAGAAUAAAAAAAAAGAUCAAUUUGCCAUAAAUUUGUAUGUUUUGAAUGCAGAAAUUAGAGAGAAAAUGAAAAAAGAAACGGUUUUAAUUUCAUGUUUUGGGUAUUUUAAGUUCCAAAGAGCUUGGAAUCAAACCAGAAAAAAAAAUUUGUUGGGUGAAAAACAAGUCGAUAUUCUUACACGGACAAAGUCCAAAAGGUCUCAAAAGGACUUUCGGAAAAAAGGCCUCAAAAUCGCCUUUUUUCUAGACCUUUUUUCUGAAAGGGGCCUUUUAAGGAAGUGUAAAAAAAUAAGGCGGAAAUAAGGACAUUCCGAGAAACUUUUGACACCUUUAGGAACUCAAAAAGGAGCUUUAGACUUUAUUUUUUAAUUCCUUUGGACUUUUCCUGUGUAGAAUAAACCUUCGACUCGAAAAAAUCCCUAAUUUUCCAGGUACCUGAGCCGGUAUACAGCUGAGGACCUGGAACUGCGUCGUGGGAUGAAAUACACAGGAUUCCUGAUCGUUCGGGUCGACAAAGAAGAAGAUCUGAAGAGCGACGCCGCCUCGGGAAGCCAUUUCCUCAAGAAUGUGUAUGUAGUUUGAACAGAAAAAAGGCGGUUUUAGAAAAAGAAUAUUUCCGAAACGCGCCUUAGGGCAUCUUGGGUCCAACUAGACGGCGAUUUUCCCCUUUUUUUGCAUUAUAGCCAAGUUUUAAAGCUGAAAGAGGGAUUUUCGUGACGUUUAUGAAAGUCUCACAGGACACUAAACCCAAAGGAAGUCAAUUUUUUGCGUUGGAUUUUAUUUUUGGUGGGUCCAAUACACGGCAUUUAUAAUGGGGUGAGGGAAGGUGGCGGCUUCAAAGUUUUUGAAUCUACAAAAAAAAGUAAGUGCGCGCUCCGGAUAAAAUGACGUCAUUCUACGUCACAAAUUCAACAUUAAUAACUUGUUGGUUCGAUCGCCUUUGGUUGCGUAACUGAGAUUUCUUUUCGCGCCAAUUUGUUGUUUGACGUCCUCAUACUCCGUUUGGGAACGCCGUGAAUAGACUAUCAACAAAAAUUCUAUCGAAGACUUUUUUAUAUGCCAAUUUUCGUCGAGUAUUAAGGAGAUUUGUACCUUGAACGGUAACGAAAAAAUGAAAGACAUUUUUCAAGACUGGAACGAGAUCGGGAAAAGAAUUCUUCGAAAACGACGAGCUCCAGAACGCUCCGACAACUUCAUUUGAGCGGCCCGGCCUAUGGAUACAGUGGAUAUUUCAAACCCGUUUUCUUGCCAACUGAGGAUGGUGAGGAUUCAUUGUUUUGUAUUGUAUUGGGUACUCAGAAAAUGAUUAGAACUCGAAAAAAAUUCCUAGGAAAAAAAUUAGUUAUAGCCAUCAAAAAAAAUAAAAAUUUUUUUGAAAAAUUUAUUUAAACCCCCCUCAAUCUAGUAAAAAAAUACCAAUUUUCAAGUUUUAGUGAAAAAAAAUAGCUGUUACGAACCCAAAAUUCUAAUUUUGGAGCAUCAAAUUAAUUUUUCAAACCCCGGCUUUCAAAUUUUUAACAUCAAAUUUCUCAAAUCGAAGUUUGAAAUAUUUGACUUUGAUUGACUUUACUGUUUCAGGAGGAACCGGGUAUGGAACGGCUCUGAAGGUUUUCGUCCCGAUUUUCGUCUUCCUCGCCAUGGUCACAGCCGUCGGAAUGUUCAUUUUGCAAAGGUUUGUUUCGAAAAUAAUGUUUUUUCAUCCAGAAAUCUCAAUCUGGCCAUGUUUUCGCUCAAGUGGUCCCUAUAGGGUCUUUUUAAUUUAUUUUUGCAGAUUUGAAAAUUUGAAAGACUAACUUGAUCAUUUACUUUGAAUUUUAUCGCUGAUAACAAAUUUUUACGCAAUUUUCAAAUUUUAUCCUUUUCCCCAAAGUUACGGGAGCGAGAAUGUGAUCAUACGCGGCUUUCAAAUCAUAUUUUUGAAACUGUAAAGUUGAAUAUUUAAAUCCAUUUUUUAUUUCAGAAGAAACGCGAUGAUCCGCAGCUGGUGCCUGUCGCGUUUGAUGCCGAAGGACGGCGUUGAUCGCGCCCUUCUGAAACCCAUCUACAACCCGGUCCCCUUGGAAGAACUCCCCACCGAAUACAUCAUCAGACAUCGCGACUCGGAUUUCCUCUUCGCUCAGGAAUACGAGGCAUUUUUCGAUUUUAAAAAAGUUCAAAAAUGAACUUUUUCCAGUCCCUGCCGCAUUUCGCCUUGGAAUCUUCGGCCAGCACGAAAAAAGAAAAUAGCUUGAAGAAUCGGUCAGUUUUUUUACAUGAUACAGAGGAAGUUGUAGGGGUAAUUUUUGCAAAAUAAGAAAGCCAAGAAAUUAUUAAAAAAAUUUCAGUAUUUUUUUCCAUGUCAGGUAGCAAAGCGCUGCGGUCGCGACGCGGUUUUGGCGCCAAUUUAAAAAUUUUCGCUUUUCUCAAGUUUCCUGUUUCAAAAAGCCUUCCAAAGAAGGUCCUUUGGCUCUGUUUCAGUUGAAGGUGAAUGUAAGAUUAAAAACGAGGAUUUGAGUAGUUUCAUAUUCAUGUAUGGUUUACUACGGUAGCAAAGCGUUGCGGUCGCCACGCGGUUUUUGGCGCCAAUUUGAAAAUUUUUGAUUUUUCCCGAGUUUCCCGUUUCAAAAAAUCCUCUAAACAAGGUCUUUUGGCUCACUUUUAGUUAAAGGCAAAUCUCAAAUAAAAUUGAUGAUUUCAGUAGUUUCAUAUUCAUGUUCGGUUUACUAUGGUAGCAAAGCGCUGCGGUCGUGACGCGUUUUGGCGCAAAUUUGAAAAUUUUUGAUUAUUCACAAGUUUCCUGUUUCAAAAAACCCUCUAAACAAGGUCCUUUGGCUCAUUCUUAGUUAAAGGCAAAUCUCAAAUAAAAGCGAGGAUUUCAGUAGUUUCAUAUUCAUGUUCGGUUUACCACGGUAGCAAAGCGUUGCGGUCGCGACGCGGUUUUUGGCGCCAAUUCAAAAGUUUUUGAUUUUAUCCAAGUUUCCUGUUUCAAAAAACCUGGUUAAGAAGGCGCUUCGGCUUUUUCUUUAUUAGAUAAACGCGCAAAUCCUAAAAAAUUUCAAAUGAAAUUUAUUUCAGUAGUUUCAUUUUCAUGUUUUCUGGACUAUGGUAGCGAAGCGAUGCGGUCGCGACGCGGUUUUUGGCGCCAAUUUUGAAAAUUUUCGAUUUUUUACAAGUUUCCUGUUUCAAAAAACCUUGUAAAUAAGGCGCUUUGGCUUUUUUUUUUAUUAUAAGAUUAAUAACAGCUUAUCGAAAUCUCUAUUCCAUAAAUGAAAAUUUAGAAAAAAUCGCAAGAAUGCGAUAUCGCGUCGAGAAUCGCAUCGCGACCGCGUUUUUUCGAAAACUUGAAAAUUACUUGAUUAUUUUUUUGCUUUUCAGCGGGAAUAGCUCCUCUAUUGUGAUAUACUAAAACGUUUCUCCGAAACGGGAAUUUUUGUUAAAUUAUGGCUUUUUGCAGGUACAAUGAUAUCCGGGCUUUCGAUGAAACUCGUGUCAAACUGAACAAAAUCGAAGGCGAUGAAAAUUCGGAUUAUAUCAAUGCGAAUUAUGUCAAGGUUUGUGUGGGGUUUGAGAAGCUUCAGAGUGGUCAUUUAAGGGUUUAGGGGAAAAGCAGCCCCUAUAGGGGAUAAAGUAGUGGUUUCUUGAGAACUGUGGCCUUUCUAGGGGUUCAGAGGUUCAUUCCUGAGGCCCUGACGCUGAAGUGGUCCCUACAGGAAUUUUUUUGUAUUAUUUUUGUUGUUUUUUGAGUGUUAAAAAGACGUAUACUGCUGUCCUAGUGAAAAUCAUCGGCAACCCCUAGAGUGGUCACUUUUGCGAGCUUUAGUGGCCCCUAGAGGGAUAUUUUAAUUCCUGUCCAGAUUGGAAUGAUGAAAAGAGGUAUAGGGAUUACUAGAAUGCUACCCUAGAGUGAUAACUAACUGGAACCCCUAGAGUGGCCACUUUUGCGAGCUUUAGUGGCCCUAGAGGGAUUUUUCGAUUUUUGUCCAGAUUUGAGUGUCAAAAAGACGUGUAGGGACCGCUAGAAUGCUGCCCUAGAGCGAUAAAUAACUUAAACCCCUAGAGUGGUCACUUUUGCGAACUUUAGUGGCUCCUAGAGGAAUUUUUUGAUUUUUGUCCAGAUUGGAAUGUUAAAUAGACUAUUGGGACCACUAGACUGCUGCCUUAGAGUGAUAACUAACUGGAACCCCUAGAGUGACCACUUUUGCGAGCUUUAGGGGUCCCUGGAGGGAUUUUUCAAUUUUUGUCCAGAUUUGAAUGUUAAAAAGACGUGUAGGGACCACUAGAAUAUUGCCCUAGAGUGAUAACUAACUGGCACCCCUAGAGUGGCUACUUUUGCAAGCUUUAGUGGCCCCUUUAGGUAUGGAAAAUCUUCAUGGGGAGGUGAUAAAUUUAAAAUUCCAUUUUAAGUUGAUUUCCAAGAUUUUUAGUUCAAAAUAUCGCAUUUUUAGAAAGAGAUCUAAGAAAAGAAGCAGAAAAAUGAGGUUUUUCUCAUUAGAGGGAAAAUAACUUUUGGUUUUUUUUAAAUAUGAAGCUUUGAAGGAGAUUUUCAGUAGUUUAUUUCAAGCGAGUUCUUGAAUUUGAACUUUUUUUCAAGCAGAAAUUUCGAAAAUGUUGGAAAAUUCAAAAUUUGUAGCACAAAGAACAUAGAAAAAUCUUUAUUUUUGUCUUCAAAAUGGACCUUUUUGAUAAAGUUUCAGGAAUGAAUAUCAAAUUCGAGCAUCCUGUGAUAUUAUAUAUUAUAUUCUGAAAACAGAAAACUGAAAUUUGAAGAGUUGGACGGGCGAGAAGACGUUCAUCGCCGCCCAGGCGCCGUUGGACACGACGAUCGCCGAUUUCUGGCGGAUGGUCUGGGAACAGGAAUCCUAUCUAAUCAUCAUGGUCACCAACUUGAACGAGAAGAAUCGACAGAAAUGCGCCAAAUAUUGGCCCGACGACGCCCCCAUGGAGUUGGGCCACCGCCCGAGAUGUCCCGAAUAAUGAGAUUUAUUUGAAGAUUCGGCGAAAUCCUCGUCCGACCCGUCGAAUCGACGUACUUUUCCGAUUUCGCCGUUCGCAGUUUCGACGUCACCUACAUGAAUCUGGGGUCCUUGCUGCCCAGUCGAUUCUCCCCGACUCCUAGGUUUUGAAAAGGAAAAUUUAAAAGAAAAGAACUUUGAAAAAAUAUUUUCAAUGUUGAAUCUUAAAGGCAUAGGGGCAGUAAAAAAUGAGGUUUCAGGUGAAUCCAUUAUCUUAUACAGUUUUUCUUUGCGAAUCGAAUGGUGCACUCAAAAAAAUUACAGAUGUGGAAAACUUUAGAAGAAAAACGCGAUUUUACUUUCCCGCCUUUAAUUUUGAAAAAAGCUUUGGAUCGGCCUACGGACAAAUGUUUACAGUAGCCAUGCACGCGAUGUUGCGGACGUCUCAUUAGACUCGCAUUUUGUGGAAAAUAACCGGAUAUCUGUUUCAAAUGAAUGGUUUCUCCUUUGAAAAAUCGAUUAGGAAAACAGAAAACACACAUUGAUAAUAAAGGAAACACAAAAUAUCGCUAUCCCAAUCGAAACCUGUGUAAAAUCAUCCUUUUUCACCAGAAAAGAAGUUUUGCGAUCAAAGUUUGCAAGUUAUACAUGAAUAGAAAGUUUUUGUGACGAAAAGAACUUUGGUGACAACAGAAAAAAUUGAAAAUUGAAAGAAACGAAGAAAAAAGCGAAAAUCCGAAAAACGGGGAAGCCUGUUGUCCAUAGAGCAACUUUACUGCAAAGGGCUCUUUUCGCAGGAACUCAAACUUUCCUUUCUCCGACUUUGAAUUAUUUUUUCUCCAAAACUAGGAACUUCUGUACGUUUCUAAGUUCACCGUUCGAUUCGCAAUGAAAAGCUCUACAAAGUACUGAUUUGAACUGAAACACCGUUUUUUACUGCCCCUAUACCUACACGCAGUCUCUGUAAUUCUCAAAAUCAGUGGUCACAAAAAAAAUUAUUUUUUGAUUCUGAUGAAACUUCAUCCAGUGUGAUGAGGACGCAAUUUUUUGAGCCAUUUCCUCUUACUGUAGCCGGAUUCCGGUAGGCUGGUGGGCACCUGCGUGUCUGAGAAUCGAUUUUCUGUUGAAAUUUACAAGGGAGGCCGUGAAAUUCGAAAAAAAAAAUGGUUUUUCCUCAAAUUUUUGCUUUCUACUCGAAUUAUACCACCUCACAGACAAGGAUAAUUUCUAUAAUCUUCAAAAAUUGGAUUUUUUUCUUAUUUUUCUAUGUAAUACCAGGCGCUGAAAUUUCCCCCUUUGUCUUCGAAAAAAAUUAGAAUUUUUCUGUCUAAAAAUACCUAUAGAUUUUUUCGAAAACCCUCUGGAAAAAGUGGCUUUUUGUAAGAACUUUUAGCUUUGAAGAUAUGAUUUUUGAAAAAUACAGAUUUUUAGACCUAAAUUUUCGUUGAAAAGUGCUUGAAAAAGUGCAAUUUUUCGUUGAAACUUACUUACCUUGUGAAUUUAUAAAAGUUUAAAAAAUGACAAGGUUUUGUCGAAAGAGCAUAAUUGCUCCAAAUUCCGGUUUUGGUGGAAUUUUCUAACUUUUUGGUUAGAUUCCGGUUUCAAUUUUUCUUGAAAAUAGUGGAGUUUCUGCCAUUUUAGUGUUACGUUUAAUAUGUCGUCAAAAGCUUCGAACAGCGACAAUAAUGUCCCGAAAUAGUUGUUUUAUUGGUCUUUUGACUUGGAGAAAAGCAAAAAGGUAUUCUUCCAGCAAUUGCAACGAGUCGCACGCUUCUUCGGAGUACGCCAACGUUCCGGUGAUCCGAAAUUCGGCUGCUUUUGCUAGUAAUAGUGAGUUUUAUCAAACAAAAGUGAUUUUUCGUUGUAUUUUUUAAAAGUAAAGUUGAAUGAAAAUUUGAGAAUUUUCCUAUUUUUUCCAGCUUUUCAUGUAAAAAUUUUGGGAGUGGAAAGAGCUUGUUUCUGUUUCGCAGUUUUUAUAAUUUUUUUAAAGUUUUUCCGAAUUUUAAAAAAUUUCCUAUAUGAAUAAUUGAUAUAGUGUCGAUUUUUUAAAAAUUCUUUGAUUUUUUUUUCCGACCCUUUUCCUCCCUCAUUUGACCUUUUUUUCCAGCGAGAAGAGUCUUCCAAUACCACUACAUGAACUGGAGCGAUUACAAGGCGCCGGAAAGUUCCACGGGACUUUUGAGAUUCGUCCACGUUUUGAGGCAACUCCCGCAGUUCAAUGAGUCACCUGUCGUCAUUCAUUGCAGGUAGAAUCAAUAUUCACUCGGAAUUGACCUGAAAAACGGAAAAAAUCCACGAAAAAUCAUCUUUCGCGAUAUCGCGCGGGAAUCGCGAUGUCGCGAAUGUCUUGCGCGAUGUCGCUCUUAGAAAAAAAAUUCGAAAAUUUCGAGAAUUUUUUUGGUUCUUUUGGUUCAUAUCAUCUUGACAGUCGAGAAUAAUGCUAAAAUUAUUUUCAAUUCAAAAAUUUGAAAGAUGAUUUUUUAAAAAAACUUGUCCAAACAGCCUCAAAUAGAGUAGAAUUCAACUCUUCUCCUCAUUUUAUUUUCUUAUUCUCAGCGCCGGAGUCGGUAGAACUGGAACUCUGAUGGCGAUCGACAGUAUGUUAGAUCAGUGCGAAGCCGAGGGAAAAGCGGACAUUUUCGGAUUUGUCGCGAAACUUCGAAGGCAGAGGAAUUUCAUGGUCCAGUCGCAGGUAAAUAAUGCAUUUUUACGUUAUUUCGAACUUUAAAAAGUGUCUCACAAUAUUAUGGACAUUUGCGAUGCCGCGGGGGAGCUGCGACAUCGCAAUGUCUCGCGCGAUAUCGCUUUUUUUAUAAAUCGCUUCAAACUGCAUUCUCACAAAUAUUUGCAAGUCGACAAGAGUCUGUCGAUAUUUUGGUCCAUGCCGAGAGUAACCCUAUGCCGCGGGGGAGCUGCGAUAUCGCUCAAAAAACUUUCUUUACUCUUUGUUCUUACAAGUUUUCGUACUUCGACAAGAGUCUCUCGAUAUUAUGGUCCAUGUCACAGCGAAAGUAUUUUUUUUCGAUGAAAAUAUGCUUUUUUUCUUAUUUUGAACUGUUUAUGAUAACCUCAAAAAAUCAAAAAUUGGAAAAUUUUCUACUGAAACUUAUUAUUUCAGAAAUUUUGUCAUGUUUUAGGGUGGAUCCUCACUUUGAAUAGUACAAAAAAAUGUGCCUGAAAAAAUUGAUAAAUUGAUGAAAUUUGUUUCACGAACUUUCCUGUUUCACUUGGUUAAUAAAACGUUGAGUCAAACGAAUGUUUCAGUCCGUUUUCUGGGUUGUUUUCGACAUAAAAUUUUGCGAAAUUUAUUAUUUUUUGAAUUUUACGUUUUAAAACAAACUUGACUGAUCAUUUUAUGGAAAAGUUUCAUGUAAUGUUGAAAUUUGGGUUUAAGGCCUUCAAAAUCAAAAAGAAGUGAAUAUUUAUUGGUUUUUCUCCCCCAUUCGGUUUUGAUUUUAUGAAUAUAUUUUUCCAGGAUCAAUACGUGUUCAUCUACAAAGCCCUGGCCGAAUGGCACCUCUACGGAUACACGGACAUGGACUCGGGACAGUUCCGGGAGCAUUUCCGGAACCUGACCCAAAGGAACCGAAUCUCCUCCUUCAAUGGAAUCACCACCAGGGCCAUCGCCAAAGACGAACAUCUGACGGGGAUGGAAGCCGAGUUUAGGGUUGGUUGAAGGGAAAAAAAAUGAAAGAAAAAGGGCGGCCUUUUUGGGGCCUUUGUAGAGAAAAACGGGAAGAAGCUGACUUUUUUUUUCGCUUUUUAGAUUUUCCUAAUGAAGUGGAAGCCGAUUUUAGGGUGGUAUUAAGGGAAAUAAUUGGUAAAAAAUGGGAGAAAAAGUUGUUUGGGCUUUUUGGGGCACUUGUAGAGAAAUAAAAAGAAGCUGACUUUUUUUACGCGUUUAAAAUUUUUCUAAUGAAAUGGAAGCCGAUUUUUUUAACUCAUUUUAAGGGAAAUUAUUAGAAAAAAACAUAAAAGUGACGAAAAAAAGUCGUGUGGCCUUUUUUGGAGGCUCAUGAAAAAAAUGGUGGUAUGAAAAAAACACCGGCGAAAAUUCAAACGGCGACUUUUCCGAUUUUUUCAUAUCGCUAGGGAACUUUCCGACGGCCACCUUUCCGACGAAAUUUUUUCCGACUUUUUUUUCUCGAUAAACUCUUCGUUUUACAUCUUCCUAUACAAAGUAGAUGGUUGGUUCAUGAUUAAAACACAAAGAAAUAGAAAAAAAUGUUAAUAGAUGUUUAUAAACCGAAAAGCAUAAGGGAAAAAAGUCGGAAAAAGUUUCGUCGGAAAGGUGGCCGUCGGAAAGUUCCCUAGCGAUAUGAAAAAAUCGGAAAAGCCGCCGUUUGAAUUUUCGCUGGUGUUUUUUUCAUACCACCUGAAAAAAAAUAUUAACUUUUUUUCAACGUUUUCAAGAUUUUUAUAUGAAACUACAGCCGAUUAUUAUUAGGUGAUUGGAAGAAAAAUAUUUAGAAAUACGAGAAAGUAGUGGAAAAAAAUUAAGGGCCUUCGGGGAGACUUCUAAAAUAAAUAAAUUAUUUUUUACCCUUUUAUGAUUUUUUUAGAGGAAAGGAAGAAGUUAAGGGUAGUUUAAAGGAAAGAUAUUCAAGAAAUGACGAAAAAAUGGAUAAAACAUGAAAAAUAAAGGUGUGUGACCUUUGGGGUCACUUGUAGAAGAAAUUUGGAGAAUUGGCCUUUUUUUCUACGAUUUUUCACUGAAAUGGGAGCCGAGUUUCGGGCCCGUAAAAAAAAUAUGUUCAAAAAAAAAGACCUGUAAACUUUUUUCUUGCUUCAAGUUUUCCAUCUGACUAAAACAACCAAUAAAUAUUGAUGAUGAUGAUGAAGUUCAAGUUGUGAGUUCAAAAAAGUUAAUAGGAUUCAUAGAAAUAAUUAACAUUUCUUUCUGAUCAAUUCUUAAAAAAAUUAUCAAAGGACGAAUUAGAAAUCUUAUUUGCGUUUGAAGAUAAUUUCACGAAAAACUAACUUUUAUGAGCUUUUUGUGAAAGUUUUUCAUAAAAGGACUAAAUUCAUUGAAAAGUGUGAAAACUACCUUUUCGAAUUCUUUGUUCUGUCAAUGACUAGUGAAUGGAAUAAAUGUUCUCAUUAUUAUUAUAACCAUUUUUCAGAAGCUGGACCGAUCCCUGGAAACAUCACCAAAGUCGACGUUCGCCCACAAAGACGAGAACUUGCUGAAGAAUCGGUUCGAGGCCGCCGUUCCUUAUGAUCGAAACCGGGUUAUCCUGAGCCCGGCGAUCGGCCAAUCCGACGCCACCUACAUCAAUGCUUCCAAUAUCAAGGUUUGACAGGAAUCAUCACUUUUAAAGGCAUAGGGGCAGUAAAAACGGUGUUUCAGUUCAAAGCAGUACUUUGUAGAGCUUUUCAUUGCGAAUCGAACGGUGAAUUUGGAAAUGUACCAAACUUUCUAGUUUUGGAGAAAAAAUAAUUCAAAGUCGGAGAGAGGAAAGCUUGAAUUCCCGCAAAAAGGGCGCUUUGCAGUAAAGUUGCUCUAUGGACAACAGGCUUCGCCAUCUUCCGGAUUUUCGCUUUUUUCUUCGUUUCUUUUAAUUUUCAAUUUUUUCUGUUGUCACCAAAGUUCUUUUCGUCACAAAAGCUUUCUAUUCAUGUAUAAAUUGCAAACUUUGAUUGCAAAAAAGCUUCUCUGGUGAAAAAUGAUGAUUCUACACAAGUUUCGACGGGGAUGUCGAUUAUUUGUGUUUUCUUUAUUAUCAAUGUGUGUUUUCUGUUUUUCUAAUCGAUUUUUCAGAAAAGAAACCCUUAAUUUGAAGCAGAUAUCCGGUUAUUUCUGACAAAAUGCGAGUCUAAUGAGACGUCCGCAACAUCGCGUGCACGACUACUGUAAUCAGUUGUCUGAGCACCGAUCCCAAGAAUUUUUCAAAAUUAAACGCGUGAAAGUAAAAUCGCGUUUUUCUUCAAAAGUUGUCACAUCUGUAAUUUUUUUGAGUACACCAUUCGAUUCGCAGAGAAAAACUGUAUAAGAUACUGCUUUCACCUGAAACCUCAUUUUUUACUGCCCCUAUGCCUUUAAUUUCAAUCAAACAAAUUCCUUCCUGCAGGGCUACUUCUACCCCUACAUCGCGGCCCAAGAUCCGGUCAGCGAAGGGACGGCCUACGACUUCUGGAGGAUGAUUACCGACCAAGAAGUGGCCACUGUAGUGAUGUUGUCCCAGGAGGAGGAGUGGAGCCUUUCCGAGAAGGUUUUGGCAGAAGAAGGAAUCCAUUUCAAUUGGUUGAUUUUUCAGUACUGGCCGGAAGAAUUGAACCGAACGAUGACCCUGAGACAGGGAAGGAAUUUGGUCGAAGUCACGAUGGUUGAAGAAGAACGAUCUCCUUAUUUUAUCACGAGGAGGCUGGUUUAUGACAUGAAGGUUGGUUUAGGGCCAUUUUUUGGGAUGAAAAAAACUUCAAAAACUAGAAAAAAUUCCAGGAAAAGCUCUAAUAUGAGCAAUAAUCAGCAAAAAUGAGGUCUAAAGUACAAAUGAAACUGUUUUGUGCCUUGUGACAAACUUUUUUCAAGAUUUUUGCCGAUUUUUUGCUUUUCACAGUAACCCUUUGAGCUACCGUAUCUCGGAAACUACUUUUCCAAAAAAUCCUAAAAUUUGUGUUCUACAACAUAGAAAGGUUAUCAUAACGCCGUCUUCAAAAAAGACUAGAAAGGUGUUCCGAAACAGUCAAAAUAGCCCAAUCCGAGCUACAGAACUCUUCCCUUCAAAACGCGCGGCUUGUCUGUGGGCAUGCGCCUUUAAUAAAAUUUUCAAGCUAAGUUAAAGGCGCAUCCUUAAAGAUAGCGCGCGAGUUUCGGAAGGAAGCCUCCUGGAAGACUUCUGUAGCCUUUUUAGUUUUCAAAUUCCCGCCAUAUUAAAGGCGCAUAAACACAGACAAGCAGCGAGUAUCGAAGGGAAGCUUACCGGGAUCAUUUUGAAACCCUUUUACUUACAAAUUUCCGUCAUAUUAAAGGCGCAUAAGCAGAGACACGCCGCGGGUCUCGAAGGGAAGCUUUCCGGAAGAGUUCUGUAGCCCUUUUAGCUUACAAAUGCCCGUCCUAUUAAAGGCGCCUAAGCUUAGACAUGCCUCGGGAAUCGAAGGGAAGCUUUCCGGGAGAGUUCUGCAGCUUUUUCAGCAAAAAAUUUCCAUAUUAUUAAAGGCGCAUGCGCAGACACAGGCCGCAAGUAUCGAAGGGACGUAAAAAUCGGAACGAAUUCGCGCAGAAUGGGCUAUAAAAAACUUUCUGUCAAAACAAGGGCCUUCCAAAAAUCCUUCAGAAUCGAGCUUUGAACGAGAUUUUUGAGGGAUGCCUUUAGGGAUUAAUCAGUCGGAUUGACUAUCUUGCAUAUUUUCGAAGCCCGGAAGGAUUAUUUUAGUUUCAGUUACUCAAAAAAAAAUGGAAAGUUUCGGGAAAAAUCAAUAUUACCCAUUCUACAGAACCAUUCGGACAGUUUCUGUGCAUGCGCCUUUAAUAGCACGGGAAGUUUCGGGCUAAUUUAAAGGCGCAUGCGGAGAGACGAGCUGCGAGCUUUGAAGGGAAAGCCUCCGUAGCUCGGCAGUUUAUCUAUAUUGCUUGAAAUCAGACAUGAAUCAACUUUGAAAGGUUGCUGAAACGGAAAAUAUGGUUGCAGACGGACGGGAGCGUGCCUGCAGAAGUCGUGCAGUUCGCGUUCACGGGCUGGCCGACGGACGAAGUGGUGCCGUCGGACUCGGCGCCGCUGCUGUCGCUGAUCGGCCGCGUCCUGGAACAGCAGUCGGGUCUCGCCGCCUGCAGCCCCAUCCUGCUCCACUGCCGGAACGGCUCCUCGGAGACCGGCGUCUACUGCUGUCUCUCCCUUCUGCUGCUCAGAUGGAAGACCGAACAGCGGAUCGACGUCUUCCAGACCGUCCGAGACUUGCAAGUCCAGCGGCCCAUGAUGUUCAGUCGCAUUGUGAGUUGUCCUUUCUAGGAAAAUAGAUGGUUUUUGGUUUUUUGACACAGAAAACGUUCAAAUCAGGGAGGCACGAAACACGAUUUCGUCUCGGUCAAAAAAAUUGACGGGGGCAUUUUUUUGAUUUAACCUAGUAUCUCUCAAUAAAGAGAAGUUUUCGCACACUUUUGAGUUUUUGGUCAUUUUCAAGUGUUAUUUCGAAACAAAAAUUUGAAUUUUUUUCAUUACUAAUUGUCUCGAUUUCUUCUAGAGAUGAAAAAACCUCGUCUCGGGCAUCCCUGGUCCAAACGACUUCAAAAAAGAGCCUAAAGCUCCUUUUUGAGUUCCUAAAAAGUUGUCAAAAGCUUCUCGGAAUCACCUUUUCCCACCUUCUUUUUUUUACGCCUCCUUAAAAGGUCCUUCUCAGAAAAAGGUCCUCUUUUUUGAGACUUUCUGGACCUUUUGGACUUUGCCCGUAAAUGUGAUUUUUAGUGAGAACUUGUUCUUUUUCGAAAAAAAAAGGGAUUUAUGAGUAAUUUUGUAUAUAAUAGGACUAAUGAAAAGAAUAGGAAUUUUUGGUGUCAUUUUGUGUCAAAAAAAUUAUCAUUUUUUUAUCGCGAAAAAAAGGUGAUUUUGAGAGGAAAAGUUAAAAAAAUCGACUUUUGAUGACAGAGUAGGCUUCUAAUUUGACUUGCUCUUUUUGAAAAAUUUUUUUGAGGUGUUUUUUUAAAGAAAAUCUUUCUUUUUUCUAGUAAAAAGAAGGGGUUUAGGUUUUUUUGGACGAAAAAAAUUCUGGAAAAAAAUGGGAGGCUCUGAUAAAGGGACCCUUUUUCAGGCCUUUUUGCGGCCAUUAUCCACCCUUCUGACCAAAAAAUUCAAUCAAACUACCGAACACUAGUUUUAAAAUUACUGAAUUACCCUUUUUUGUAGCGCAAUUUAAAGAAAACUAAAAACUGUAUUCUCAUUGAAAAUUUUCAAAAAAUUUUCCAAUUUUCAGGAACAGUACGAGUUUUGUUACAAGGCGGUCCACGACUACAUCUCGCAUCGGUGUUAA